GACUGACUCACGCGCUGCUCUGAACCGGCGCGUGCAUUAACUGCUCAGCGCGGAACCAACUGACGGUGAAAGAGGGAGGCUUGUUAAUGUCACAUUAGUAAACAUGGCAGAGUCGUCUUCAACCGCCGAGCUUCCGCCGAGCAGCGACAUGUUGGAGAUGAACAAGGAUUUGGAGAGGAUGAUAGAAAAUGUGGAGAACAUGACAGUGCAGCUGACCUGUAUGGUUUAUGGCAUGGUGACUCUGCGGACCAGUCCCGCGGUGGAAGCCUCCAUGCGGGAGCUGCGGGAGGCGUUUCAAAGGUGCAGAGCUGCGGUGUGCGGAGACCCGAACCUGGAGCCAGAGCUGGACUCUGCUGAGCUUUCUGCCACAACACUCGGUUAAUUCUCAGAGCUUGGCCCAGACAUUGAAGUCCUCCUUGUUCAAGUUAAUACGUUAAUGAUUCAAGCUGCUGUGUCUCCUUGAAAACAGUGUUUCCAUGUUUACUGAUGAAAAGCGCUCAUGUUCACAAGUUGUUUGUUUUUAUUGUUUA